UGCAUGCAUUCACGUGUGUGAACAAGGUUGUCUUGCUGUGUAUCAGGGUCACGGUCUUGCUGGCUCUCACCCGUCAGUGCAGUGCCACAAUAAGCUUCAUUAGAGCCCGUUUAGUAGGUAAUAUCUGUUUAUUUAGCAUUUUAUCCACAAAAACCAUGAGUGCGGGCAAGAAAGAGUUAGAGAUGAGAGAUAAAGCCAUCAUGCGCCAGCAGAGGAGACUCAAACAGGCCACUCAGUUCAUGCACAAGGACUCCGCAGAUCUUCUGCCUCUGGAUGGGCUGAAGAGGAUGGGAACCUCCAAAGACCUGCAGCCGCAUAAUAUUGUUCAGCGCCGUCUCCUGGAGGGCCACAUUCCACGUUUGUGUGGAGAGGCCCGGGACGCCCCAUCUCAUAUUUGCUCACCCCUGGCAGACAGCAAAGGGGGCGGAGAGCCGGAGGAGAGGAGCGAGAGCACGGUGGAUGACUCCACUGAGGAGAAGGAGUCUCCAGAGGAGAGCGAGAAGAGUCUGAGAUCUGAUGAGGACGAGGUUGAUGAAGAUGAAGGGGACAGCAGUGAUGCAGGUGGAAAGACAGAAGAGUCCAAACAGAAAAACAAAAUGGAAGAUGAGACGGAAAAAGAUCUCAAAGAGAGCAAGAGAGCAUCCAACCUCUCAGCUCUAGUGGUCCAGUGUAAGUGCGAAGAUACAGAGGUGAUGUUAUCCAUAAACACAGGGUGCCAACACAACCACAUCUCCAAAAAAUGCUGCAGACGACUUGGAUUAAAAACCAACCUUGAAGACAAAACUCAUGACAAGCUGCCGCUCAGUGAUUCGACAGUGGAGCCAGUGAAGUCCCUGCACCUGCAGCUGGGCAGAGAAAGAGUGCAAUGCACUGCCCAGGUCAUAGAGGACGCCACAUUUGAGGUGUGUCUGGGUCUACAGACCCUGCUGGAACUCAAAUGCUGUGUGGACCUGAACUCCAGAGUGCUCCGGAUCCACAGCACAGAACAGGAGCUUCCCUUCCUGGAUCCACCAGCCUGCAGCCAGUGCCAUCAUCAUGACAACAACAAAAACAUGUGACCUCUGACCUAUGUGCCCAACAGCUGCCAUGACCUAACCCAUGUAAUCAGAGAGGAAGUUGACAGAAGGAUGCCCGCAUCUGGACUGUAGUGUUCCCUUGUGCCAGAUCAACAUAGACAGGCCUUUCCUCUCUCAUCUGUCCUUCUUUGCUCUUCGUUGUUUAUUUCUGUGCUAUUACAGAAAUCUGCCAACUAUGAUUUUUUUAUUAUUAAUAUUAAAUUAGUUGUGCUAAAUUAGUUUAGAUUAAAUGAAAUAAAGCUCAGGAGGAGGAAGAUUGUUUUCUGAAAUUUAAAAUUGCCUUUAUCAAAUGACAAAAACGGGGGAGGCUACACAGUUAAUCCGUAAAAAAUUUAACUGUUUGACGGUUGAUGAGUCCUAUUCUCUAACUGGUGAUUUUAAUUACAAUCAAGUAAAUUAUAUUCUUGUACAUUAAUGUAAGAGGGAGUUCAUGAAAUGUUGCACACGUUGGGUCUCCUAAACAAUCACCAAAUCUGAUUAUAUAUAUAGUUUCUUUUACAAAAACCUCAAACUUGGCUAGAAAUCUCUCACCCGAAAUUGCCUUUUACUAAAGACUGUGUUUUCAGACCUCAUUUCCCUUUAGAGAGCCAACUCUGCCCUUAGAUGAUAAGAAGGACUUCAGCCAGCCCAAUCAAAUGUUAAUUGAGCCCUUGGGCUGCAAUCUCACUCAAUGACCCCCAAACAAAGCAAAACACUUCAUAUGAUUUUAUAGACUCCGCCUCUUAUAUUUUACAGUACAUAAAAGUAUGUGAGACUGAGUAAAUGCAUUUCUGGGUGACGGUUGAUUUCUCCUCCAGUUUCUAGAAACCCUAUUUUGUUGCUGCUCUGUCUGUCCUCAUAACCAGAGGCACUUUCUCCACCCACACUUUACUUUUUGUUCCAUUUGUUCGCUCGUACGCACACCUACGACUGUCUUAGUACAGCCAAAAGCGCCCACUAAAAUACUAGCCGAUGACCUAAAGGGCAUCUAUGUCCCACACAAACUCUCCCUAAACAGUGCGGAUAAUUCAAUUGUUAGCACACAAUGCUCAAUUACCCUAAUCAUCUAGCCUUUUAACAAUGUGGAUGACCUUUCAGUGCAGGGCAUCCACAUAUUCGCCUAUUUUAUGUUCUUCUCUUCUUUCUAUGCUGUGUGAAGGCCAACUAUAUGAAAACAAAACAAACAAAAAAAACUAUUAUUUUCCUUUUCUCUGAACAGUAUUUUCUCUGCCUAAAUAAAAUAAAUAUGUAUUCUGGCUA